ACAGGUCUGGGAGUUUCCAAUGAGAGAGAAACACAGGAACGAGGUAGGAAGAACGAUGGCGGGGAAGAAAUGACAAGUUUAUUGUUACUCCGGGAAUACCGGGAUAAAGUGGACGGGCUCUCUGGAACAAAUGAAGUUUGUUAAAGAUGUCCGCCGCCUGUUUGAUCUAAAACAAUGCAGUCGAGAAUCCCAGGACUUCAUGGCUUCCUACGAUUAGGAUACAGCAUUACCUACACAUACUAAGCAGAUCCAAAUAUAAACAAAAUUUGGAUCUGCAUUUUGGUUCUUUACCUGCCUCAAGAUCCCAAAAGAAAGCCUGUGAAAAAUGAUCAAGACCGAGAGCAAAGGUGAAAGGACUCUGAGGAGUGCAUCUCCUCACCGAAACGCAUACAAAUCUGACUUUCACACCAUCAAGUGCUCAUUUGAUGGGACCAAAUCAGACGCCACAUCCAAAUCCUGUUCCAAUGGGUCUUCCGAUGACCUCCGUGAGGACAUUGCAAGGGGACGAGCCUUUGGCAACCGGGUCAACAAGAUCAAGAACAUUUUCCUCCAGAUGGACAACCAGCAGCAGCAGCAGGAGAGCCAGGAGACUAAAGCCACCACGAAGGUUGAUGCACCUCAGGUCUCCUCACCUCCAAAAUACAAAAGUGUCCCAACCAGCCUGGAGCCUCAAAGUGACAGGACCCCAAAAGGGGAGGCCACUGAGAUAGACAAAGUGACCUUGGCCGAGAAGUUUUCUGUGACUAGGAAACUUUUUGAGAGGGGAAUUAAGGAACAGACUCCAGGAGAGAAGCCAGCCCCGAACAGGGCCUCUGUACGGCUGUCCCAAGGUGGUAUGAGUGAAGAGUUGAGAGCAGGCAGGAAACCUGUAGGGCCUUCUGAGAACAGCAUUUUAAAAACAGAUCAGAGUUCUACCUCAGCAGAAAUAAAAGAGAGCGGAGACACAAAGCAGGUUAGCAGAUCAUUAAAUGCAGGGCCUAUGUCCAGAACACUGGAGAACUUUAUGGCAGAUGGCGAGAGUGAAGAGUUUUUAAGAAUAUCUGACAAAAAAACAGAGAAGGUGUGUAGCCCUGAAGAAAAACCUGUGCCUCCUGUACGAGAGACCACUCAGAAACCAACUUCACCUUCUAGUGACCAUCUACAAAGACCAACCUCCCUUAACAGUCAUUCCAAAACAGUUGACUCUACACAGAAACCAACUUCACAGACCAAUGACGUUACAUUGAAAUCUAGAUCAUCAGUUUCUCAAGCGACCUAUAAUCCCACCUCCCCAACAGCCAAAAACAGUGAUGAGACCAUUUCCCCCUCACACACAAGUCCACUCAGACGUUCAUCCUCAUCGGGUAAUGGUUUUAUUAAAUCGAGCACAAGCAGUAUUGAAAGCAAGCCCACGAGUCCUUCUCCAAAGGAUCAGAAGCCCUCUACUUUUGUAAGCAGUUUUUAUAACAGAGUCAAGAGCCCAGAUGUGGCCAAGAGUGAGCCCACCAUGGUGCGUUCUUCAUCCAGAGACGCACUACCUCCUCAGCCCUCAGCAAGGUUGGAUCCUGCUGGGGCAGGUGUGGUCCGAGCAGAACGAGUUGUGGUUCAGAAUGAGUCGUCAGAAAGUGACGAAAAUGAGGAUGACAGUGUAUUUGAGGAGGUAAAACUCAAAAGAGAACUGAGAUCUGAAGCCCAUAGAUCAAUUCCAUCACCUCAAGAUGAUCUACAAAAGGUCACAGCAGUAAAUCAGCAUGAGAAGGAUGUUUUACUGUCACCUGUGCAACUAUCUAAGCAGGAGAGUGUUAAACAGUUUGAUGACGAAGAGGAAGAAAGCGAGCAAGAGGAUCCGGAUGAAGAUGGAAAUACAUCUCCGACGUUUUAUAGCUUUGAGAAUGCUGCAUUUGUGGAUGAUAAGGCGGCGGAUAGGAGCAAGAGUAAGGAGGACGAUGAGUAUGACCUGGUUGAUGAGGAGUAUGACAAAAUUCCUGGACUCUCUGAUGAUGAUUGUCCAGCCAGAAGGAAGAUAUUCUUCUCUUCAGCACCGAUACAGGUCUUUACCACAUACUCGAAUGAAGACUACGACCGGCGAAACGAUGACGUGGAUCCCGUGGCAGCGUCGGCUGAGUACGAGCUGGAGAAGCGUGUGGAGAAGAUGGAUGUCUUUCCAGUGGAAAUGGAGAAAGGUGACAAUGGCCUGGGUAUCAGCAUCAUUGGGAUGGGAGUGGGAGCUGAUCAGGGUCUAGAGAAACUGGGCAUCUUUGUGAAGACCAUCACAGAAGGGGGAGCAGCGGCACGAGAUGGCAGGAUCCAGGUGAAUGAUCAGAUAGUAGAAGUUGAUGGCACCAGUUUGGUGGGAGUGACCCAGCUCUUUGCUGCUACAGUUCUUAAGAAUACAAAGGGAAGAGUUCACUUCCUGAUUGGUCGGGAGAAACCAGGGACCCAGAGUGAGGUGGCCCGGCUGAUCAGUGAGACUCUGGAACAAGAGCGGCAUCAGCAGCAGCAGAGACUGGAGGAUACGUAUGAUCAGUCCACAGAAGAGGAUGAGCAUUACGAGGAAGAUGAAGAAGGAGAAGAGGACUGUAUAGUCACUUCCAGUUUCGGCAGGAGGUCGGUGGAGUUGUAUGAUUUGCCUGAGAACGAAAGAAUGUUCCUUCCAUCAAACAUGGAUUCUGCACAGCUCAGCUUCAAGUUGAAAGAGCUCCAGAUAAAGCACAACAUAGCCGAGAAUGAAGUAGACCAACUCACAGAGAAGCUAAAAGAGUCUGAAAGGGAACGAGCAUCAUGGGCGGAACGGCAGGUGCAACUGGAAAGGAGCAUAGAGGAGAACUCCGAAAGAAUAUCUUACCUAGAAAAGAACUGUCUGGAUGCUCAGGCUCUCUGCAAAGCCCUCAAUGAGCAACUAACUGACACUCAGAACCAAUAUGAAGCUUUGGAUAAAAAAUACAGCAAAGCCAAGAAAUUGCUUAAGGACUAUCAGCAAAAAGAGAUGGACUUUGUGAAGAGGGAAGAGGAACUGAAGAAGACUCUGGAGGAGACGGAAAAUUGUUACAAAUCUCAGCUGGAGGACCUACAGCAGAGAAUAGUAGCGCUGGAGUCCUGUACUAAGCCUCAGGAGUCCACAGCAGGGGGACACAUUAACGGUGCUGAAGAUUCACUUAAUAAGUCUACAGACUCGCUUCUAUUAGAAACUGACUGGAAUGAGAUAAUCCCAGAGACUGAGCUUUUGGACACCAGCAUCCAUCGAGCCAAGGGACAACUAGCCCAGAAGGUCAAACGGCAGCCACCAUCUCGCAUCAAACUCAGAAAAACCAUCAGCUCCCCUGUACAGUGUUCAGUGGAAGAAGAUGAGGAUAUUAAAAGUGCUGAGGUUUCUCCUGUUCGUAGAAGGUCUAUCCAAGAGAGUUUGGCCCUGCCUUUGCCAAUUACCCAGCACACUAAUGGACAGAUGGAGGAGGCUUGCACUGUUCGUGCUGUGGGCUCUUCCCGAAACAUUAUGGACCUCUCACCCGCUUCUUAUGGAACCAGUGCGGACAGUGAAGAGAGCCCCUCCCCUACCAAAGACUCCUCUCAGUCAGGCUUUCUCCGAAAUGUAAAGAGGAGAGAGUCUAAAGGAAAGGGCAAAGAUCUUAAAGAAGAGUCCAAUGAUGGAGCUGGAAAAUCCAAACGACGAUUCCCUGAUUUUGGUGGCAUUAGAAAGUCGGGCGGGAAAGGCAAGAAAAAUCAGGAAAAAGAAGCUAUGAGGGCUUCACUGGACAGCAGAGGAUCUACAGAGCUGCUUGAAGAGUCAGGAGCGAACGUCUCCCCCUCAGAGUCUAUAGCCUCUAUUCCCACUUGUAUGCCUUUCUCCUGGUUUGGUGAUAAGGACAAAGACAGGGAGCGAGAGCCCUCGUCCUCCAGCAGUAACCUGCAUCAGAUUACAGCAGAGCCCGGUGAACAGCAGGACCACAAGAACAAGACAAACCUCUCCUGGUCCUCUCUGUUUAGCCGAUCCAUAGAUUUGAACUGGUCAGUACUAGGUGAUUCAAAUGUGGGCUGUCCGAGUUCAGAGUUAGCAGGGCUAGUGGCUGAGCCCAACCGGUCAGGCCGAGCUCACACUUUAACCUUCUCCUGUGAGUCUCUGGAUAAUGAGCCUUGCUCUGGGGGAAAAGAAUACCAGUGGCAGAACCGCCCAGUCUCUGAGUGGACGACUCAGCAGGUCUCCCAUUGGCUGAUGGGCAUAAACAUGGAGCAGUACAGUCCUGAGUUUACAGCACAUGGUGUGGAUGGACAGCAGUUGAUGAACCUGGACAGUGAAAAACUGAAAGUGCUUGGUGUUUCCAGCCAAACUGACCGAGGUCUGAUCAAGAAGAAACUGAAAGACAUAAAAAAAGCUCAGGAGAAAUUGGAGAAACAGCGUGAGAAACGUGAGAAAGAAGCUAGACGAAGUGGGAAAGUUCUAGACAAUAAUGACUCUGUCUGCUGAGGCCAUUCUAUUCCUGCUCUAAAUCUCAGUCUUUCCUUUUUCCUCAAUCUCUUUAUACUUGUCUAAGGCACAUUCUGUUUUGUGUCGAAUGGGCAGCUGACGGCUGUUUUAUCUCGCAGGUGAGCAAGGCAGUCGAAUGUGGAAUUAAUCCACAUUAUUAAUCCACAGAACAGACAUGAACAGGUUUGUAGGAUUUAUUCGCUCUUACAUGAUCGUAAGGCAAAAAUGAAAUGUACCACUGAUACUAGGAAAGAAAUGCAUUGAGGAAAGGGCCUACCUGCCAGAUCCUUGAGAAUCUUUUAUUUUAUUCCCUAGCAGUAGACCACAAAUUAGGACCCUUAUAUGCAUCAUAAACACACCUUCCCAAAUCACCACUGCCUUACUCAUGAAAAAAAGAAAGAAAUAUUCCUUAAAGCUUUUUUAAAUGAAGCGUCUCAAACCAGAAUUCUUAAAACAUGCAGACGGGACUGAAACCCUGCUCGAGGCAGGUACAGUUUUAUAAACACAAGAGAAUUUCCUGCUGCAUUUAAGGGAACAUGGUUUAGACAGCUGGCUACUUUGCAACCAUGCAACUCAUUUUAAUACAUAUAAUGCCUUAAGAUGUUGUAGCUCUGUUUUUAAGUAGUCAUGGUUUAUUGUAUGCACCUGUAUAGACAUUUGUUUUGCUGGAACUUUGUACAGUUGUUUGGUAAAAGCACUAUAUUGACUUUUAAGAGCCAAGGGUAAUAUGGUUUUUAAAUGUACAAAUUGUAUUUUAUACACACCUAUUAACUGCAUAGAUUUAAAGAAAAUUAUUAGCUUUUGGACCAUUUUCUACUGAGUAGAAUAGCUCAUAGAUUAAGACCAUUUUGCAUAGUAUACAAAAAAACAAAAAGUGAUUUUUAAAAACAAAAAGUAUUUAUGCAGCUUCUUUUAUUUACCUUUGGCACAAUCUUUCACAUAACCACAAUAUUACUAAAAGGUACCCUACCCUAUUUAGUUACACAUAGCUGAGUUCAUUCUUUUUUUUGUCUUUAGAAGAAAGAAUACAGGAAUACAGUUUGUAUUUUUCAGUGUCAUUUGCAUUUUCUGGCUUUCCUUAUUCUCAUUUGAUGUUAAUAACCAUUAGCCAUCAGCUUUUUCUGUAUAUAUUUUGAAGCUUUAGCUACAGGACCACUCGUCAAACCAUGCGACAGUCUGAUAUCCAGUCAUUUCUGUGGUACGAGUCUAUAAGCUGCACCAAUAAAUUCAUUUUCACAUUU